AAACGGAAGUAGCGUUGUUUACCUUUUGUCCCCCUGCGGUUCUUCUGCGGUGCCAAGCCCUCUUAUUUACCCUCUUUACUACCGUUUAAUCAAUUAAAAAUGUCAUGAUUGUCCCGUAGCCGUGUGAUUAUCAUUAUGGCUUCUGCCACUUACAGCAACAUCCAAGACACUGCCACAGAGAAGGACCAUCUGCUGUCAUCCAUGUCUGGCUAUGGCUCCCAGGAUCGGCUCAGUGAUGGGUGCCCUCAUCUUGGAGAGGGACUGGGGGGUUGCGGCUUCCAGCAGCAGCAAGAGGAAGAGGAGGAAGCUCUGCGAAGGAAACUCAAAUACUUUUUCAUGAGCCCAUGUGACAAAUACUAUGCCAAGGGACGCAAACCUUUCAAACUCGGUCUACAGCUGCUGAAAAUCAUCAUUGUCACCGUGCAGCUGGUUCUUUUUGGCCUGAGUAACCAGAUGGUUGUGACAUUUAAGGAUGAGAAUACUGCAGCAUUUAAGCACCUUUUCUUGAAGGAUUAUCAGGACAACAAUGCCCAGGAAGUCUACUCACAGGACCAGCUCUACAGUCACAUUCACUUUGCCAUAGAGCAGUACCUGGCUCUGCCUCAGAUCUCCCUCGGACGUUAUGCGUACGUGCUGGGUGUUGGUUACAAUGACAGUGCACUGUCCCUUUGUCAGAGGUACUACAAGAGAGGCUCCAUAGAUCCCGUCAAUGAUACAUUCGACAUUGACCCCCAUGUUGUCACCAAUUGCACUGGGGUAAAUCCUCAAUAUUUUAAUUCUGCUUCCGGAAACGGUGAUUACAAGAACUUUACUUUGAAAUUUUACAAGUUGAUCAAUGUCACCAUUGACUUCCAGCUAAAGGCUAUAAACCUACAGACCAUUUUGAACAAUGAAAUACCAGACUGCUACACUUUCGCUAUUAUGAUUGUCAUGGACAACCGUGCUCAUAGUGGAAAAGUCAAAAUUAGUUUGCACAACGACGCCUCCAUUAAAGAGUGUAAGGACCCCAAUGUUUCCGGUCAUGCUGAGAAUUACGCAAGGGAGUUCUUUGAUGUCCUGGUGGCGAUAGUCUGUCUGCUGUCUCUGCUCCUGUGUGGACGCUCAGUUUUGAGGGGAAUUCUUCUGCAGCAUGAAUAUGUGCAAUUUUUCAAGCACAGGUUCAGCCGUCAUGUCCCUUGGUCAGACAGAAUGGACUUCAUAAAUGGCUGGUAUAUUCUGCUUAUUAUCAGCGACUUAUUCACAAUCUUUGGCAGUUUUAUUAAAAUUGGAAUAGAGUCAAAGAAUAUUUCAUCGUACGAUGUUUGUGGAAUCCUGUUGGGAACAUCCACUCUGCUGGUGUGGGUUGGAGUCAUACGUUACCUCAGCUUCUUUCAGAAAUAUAAUAUUCUGAUUGUCACACUAAGAGCUGCUUUUCCAAACGUUAUCCGCUUUUGCUGCUGUGCUGCUGCCAUUUAUUUGGGAUACUGUUUCUGUGGCUGGAUUGUAUUGGGGCCAUAUCACACUAAGUUCCGGUCCCUGUCCAUGGUGUCGGAGUGCUUGUUCUCUCUGAUUAACGGAGAUGACAUGUUUGUGACCUUUGCGGAGAUGGAGCACAGCAGUCCGCUGGUGUGGAUUUUCAGCCAGGUCUACCUAUACACCUUCAUCUCCCUCUUCAUCUACAUGGUGUUGUCUCUCUUCAUUGCUCUCAUCACCGGAGCAUACGACACCAUCAUGGCCCAAACCCAAGAGCAGGUGCGCAUCACAGACCUCCAUGCUUUCAUCGCAGAGUGCAUGGACACGCCCAGCUCCGGAAAGUUCAGAGGACCAGAGGGGACAUCCUGUUCUUUCCUCUGCUGCUGCGAGUGGUGAUGCAGAAAGAAAGACAUGCUACCUCCAUUUUUACUACACGCCCCACCAUCACAAUAUUACAUACACUUGUUCUCAACUCAGCUAGCUAAUAGAAUCAUCAUAAGUCAAAACUCAGUGCUUUUAGGCUUUAAGUUAAAUUUUAGAAUGGUAUUGAAUAGAAAUUAGAAUUCUGUGGUCAUUGAAUAUUUAUAGAGUUAAUAAUAUAAUAAUAGUAGUGGAGUUUUUAACUGCUGUUCUACUGAUAUAUUACUUAUAACCCCCUCUCAUAGAGUUGAUUGAUAGAUAAUAGCAAAUGCAUUCCUUCUUAUUAUUGCAAAAUUCUGUCCCUCAUGGUUCAAUAGAAUAGCUCUGACCCAAUGACUCCUAUAUGCGUUAUACCUGGCCCUUCAUCUUUGCAGUUUAGAGUGAACAUUAAAAUUACAAAAGAGAUAUUUUGUUAUCUUUAAAAAAAUGCCGGGUGUACACUGACUGCAAGGGCAGUGCAGUUCGGAUCUUGUCCCACAACAUUUAGAAAGUCGGUACAUGGUAUUGGUAAUGGCUGCUAAUGGUGACAGAAUUUUUUCCCUCAAAUACUUCCACUUCAAUGACCGCCACACACCCCCUCAUGUUUCCCGGUUCCCAGGCGGGACCUGAAUAAUGCCUUGAGAGCGAACUGUUUGACCUUGAAGCACGUUGUCCUCUAUUGGUCAUGUCUGAAUUUUGCAUUUAUAUGAGCUCAGAGUGCACAAGCUCAAUCACUGGCAUUGUACUGUAUAAAUAGUGCACUCUCUCUUGACAAAAGCUAUGUUCAUUGAUCUAUUUAGGACAAAAGAACGUUGCCCAAUGCACAAUUGGUGUUAAUAUGCGAGUUGUCUCUAUCCUGUUUGUAUGUGUAGAUUGACAAGAGAAAGACUGAAAAGGGAUUAUAGCAGCUUUUGAAAAACUACUUUCUACAUUGUGGAUUUUGCCUCAAGGACGUGGCAUGAGGGAAGCAAGCCCUGCAGCCAAUCAGAUAGCAUUAAUAUUUAUGAUGGUGGAGUCUGCUGACUGCACUGUAAUGCACUGGAAGACAUUUUAUGGUGUUUAUUUUCUGUAAUGUAAUAUUUUAGGGUUUAAAUUUGAGUGUAGACCACAAAGUCUGUUUUUUUUCAAUUGCAAAUGUAACCUACCAUUGUAAAUUACUUGAUUGUUGAUGUUAUUGAAUUGGCGCUGUACACAUACAGCGUUUGGAAUUGUACAAAUAUAAUGUUCAGGAUAAUACUGUUAUACACUGUAUGUAUAUUCUGCUUUGUCACGCUUUGGUUUCAAACAGGAUCAUU